AUGUCUGAAGAAAAAACUUCCGGAUCAGAAAAUAAAACAAAUGAAGGACACAGUGAUUUAAAACUUUCAUUGUUAAUGAAAUUAAAUGAUACAUUUGCUUUUAAAGGUGAUCGUGUUGUACUUCAAUGUAGUAUUAAAAGUUCUACAUCUGCUGAAGUAAAAUGGUUUAAAAAUCAUGCUCAAUUACAAGAUAGUGAUAAUUAUGAACAAACACAAGAUAAUCAAUGUUUUGAAUUGAUUAUCAAAAAGGAUUUUUAUUUUACAGAUUAUAUUGACGUAGGACAAGAACAAACUGGUAUUAGUAGACACAUCAUCGUAACAGAUAGUGUAUCUAGUUGCUUUGCUAUGUUAAUUGAUGGUUUAUUUGAAAACUCGUCAUUUGCUUUUUUGAAACAUUCGGCUUGGCGACCAAAAGAUGAAUCAUCAUCAUUAUCAGCAAUGGAAUUAAUCAGCAAUAUACUGAUUGAUCUAGCUGAAUUAAUAAAAACGAAUUUAAAAACUUCUUUUAAUUUACCCGAACAACCUGAUUUAAUGCACAUAACAAAUGUUCAAAUGUUCGUUGCGGGUGGUGAUACUUUAGAUGUUGAUAAUAAUAUGCGAGAUGCAUUGUCUUUAUUGUAUGAAAAAUCAAACUCGAUAGAAAUUAUUAAUACAAUAACUAAUAUGGAAGACAACGGAGAAAUACUUUAUAAAGAAGAAGCUAUUUAUUUAUGCAAACAACUAACUAAUCAAAUAACGAUCCUGGACGCAGCUACAUAUGUGUUACCUAGUCUAGAAGAAGACGCUAAUUCAAUUGUGGAGAAUCCGAACACCAUUGAAUCGGCUAGUAUAUAUAUAAAUUACGAUUGUUUGAUUAAACGAGGUUUAGUUGGUAUUGCUUGGCGAUCACCGGCAGGUACAUUUAACUUGGCUUUAAUGGUUAUUGAUCUAUCAACGCAAGAUAAAUCUCAGUAUCAAUGGUGUAUUCAAGAUGAUGAGAUAAAACGAGUAAAAGAACUUAUCUUAAAUCAACAGUACGAUAUGGAAAAAUUGGAAAAAUCGUUAUCAUUAAUUCCUAGAAAUGCUUUAUACAUUCGAUCAGCUGGUUAUUCAUCAUCAAUAAUCACGUAA